AAGAAAGGAAGAGGCCGAAGGCUAGGAAGUGUUAGCCAACCUAGGCUUGAAGAUGUCAACUUAUUGUGUUAGUGUACUCGGCAAUAUAGACCCGCAUGUUUAGAGUAGUGCAAGAUCCUGCCAUAUAUACGCUUUGUAUUGUCAUUUUGGCGGAGGAGCAGACUAAAGGGAAGGUGACGGUAAUGUUUUCGAGAAAAAACGCUAACAAAGCUAGCUGGCUCAGGUAGUAAGCUAGUAUUAGUCAAGCUAACAUUAGCCAACAAUCGUCAAGGAUCGAAUCUUUAAUGAGGACUUUGUGCAAGGCGAAAACCAACACCUUUGUGCUGUCUUGGCCACAAAUACAAGCAGAAGUGACCAGCAUCCAAUGAAAGGUGGUGGAAGUGGAACUUGACCCAGCCAACUGAGUCACCAUUUUCCUGCACAUCAUGGGUUUAAUGGCUCCACUGUGUGCAUGACUUGUUUCAUGUGGCCUGAUGGGAGGACAUUGUGGAUAGUACUUUCAUCAGGAUAUCAGGAGAGCCAUCCCAUGCCCUCAUUUUGGAGGGCCUGUCAGAAUGAAGAAGAUAAGCCUUAAGACCAUCCGCAAGACCCUCAGCAUAAAGGGCAAAGAGGAGGGUGACUUUGUCAUGCUCCAGCAGCCCUCAGCGGAGUUUUCUAAGGAUGAGUCAAUUUUUGGGGGCUGCUACACCAAAGAGCUUUCUGCCUGUGAUAUUGGUAGUGAAGACGAGAAAGGGGGACAGAAUAAAGGCCGCUCCAAAAGUGAGACUCUGAUGGGAUCGCUAAAGAGAAGGCUGUCUGCCAAACAGAAGGCGAAAGUGAAAGGCAGCUCCUCUGCCAUUGGCUCAGUGGAUGAUGAAGACACUUUCUCAUCUUCUUCUGUCCCCAUCAGCUUCACUGAGGUAAAAGCUCAGAGACCCCAUAGAUCUUCAUCCUUCCGGAGUCACCAUUAUAGCCCUUCACCAUGGCCUUUGCGGUCUGUCAACUCUGAUGAUGCGUGCAUCAAAAUGGAGGUAAAAGUUAAAGCCAUGGUUCACUCACCUAGCCCAAGUCCCAACUUAAACGGUGUCCGGAAAGAAUUUCAUGAUUUCCAGAUGGAAGGGCUCCUUCAGGACCAAGCAGAGUCCUUAAAGAAUCUCCAGCAACCACAAAAUGGUGAGCUGCAUCUAAAUAUUGAUGAAAAUGAUGUGCCUGUGGUGCUGGGGUUGACGCCCCAGGACUACAUUCAGUACACAAUGCCUUUAGAUGAGGGAAUGUAUCCCGAAGGGUCUCACUCCUUCUGCCUGGAAAGUUCCUCUCCUAUGGAGGUGGUGCCAGAGGCAGACAAUGGGUCCCUCCACACAGAGCAGGGACAGGAGGAGCAUGAACUGGUUAAUGGGAUGCCUUCAGAUCUGUUCAUGGAAACCUCAGUCAAUAGUAUUCUUCUUGGUUCUGCUGGCAUGAUGCUCCAAAACUCAAGAGUGGAGAUUCCACCUCCCCUCUCUCCACUCCUGCCACCCAUGACAAGUAAUGGACAUAUUCCAAGGACAUUUUCGGGAUUUAGCUCUUCAGACAGCCAGGUAGCUGAGAGGGUAAGACACCACCUCAACUUUGACCCAAAUUCAGCUCCUGGGGUAAGUCGGGUAUACGACUCAGUCCAGAGCAGUGGGCCCAUGGUUGUGACCAGCCUGACGGAGGAGCUGAAGAAGCUCGCUAGGCAGGGCUGGUACUGGGGUCCCAUCACACGCUGGGAGGCAGAGGAAAAGCUGGUCAACUUGGCUGAUGGUUCAUUUCUGGUCAGAGACAGCUCUGAUGACAGGUACCUGCUCAGCCUGAGUUUCAGAUCACAGAGCAAAACUCUCCACACCCGCAUUGAACACUCCAACGGACGCUUCAGCUUCUAUGAGCAGCCUGAUGUGGAGGGACACACCUCAAUUGUUGACUUAAUUGAACACUCUAUUAAAGACUCAGAGAAUGGGGCUUUUUGCUAUUCCAGAUCUCGCCUACCAGGGUCUGCAACCUACCCCGUCAGACUAACCAACCCAGUAUCUCGGUUUAUGCAAGUGCGCUCCCUGCAGUACCUUUGCCGCUUUGUCAUUAGGCAAUACACAAGAAUAGACCUUAUCCAAAAGCUGCCCUUACCUAACAAGAUGAAAGAUUAUCUGCAGGAGAAGCACUACUGAGGAUACAGACAGUAAUUUGCACUUUUGUGUUCAGUUAAGAGAUUUACAAAAGGUUUACAAACAACCACGGUUUUGAGAUGAUUGGUUCUGGUGGCCUUCAGUUUGUGUCCAUGUGACCCUGUCACUGCUUGGCCCUUCAUUCCAAUGUUCUGGGGGUUUUCGCUGGUUUUAGGAGGCUCUACUUCCAGAAAUAUAGGCCAGCACAAAAUCUAUUGCAAAAACACAGCAGAGGUAUACAGCCAAGCAAUCUUAUUUGAAUACAUUAAGUGCAGAAACUAGGCACCUGUGAUGUUGGUUACAUCUAUAAUAUCCAGCUGUGCAAGUGUAACACAUUAAAAAAACAAAAACAAAAUUACUAUCUGCAUUCAGAUUGUGGAGUGGGGAAAUAAAUGUUCCUCUGAAUUUAAGAAUAAUUGAAUUUUAACCUGUAGUAAAUAUGAAGGAUGAUUUCAACACAGAACUAUAUUGUUGCAUUAGAUUUUAAGGUCUCUGCAGACUGACCAAUUUGGCUCAUCUUUUGCUGUUUAAUUUUUUAGUUGUUACCUUCACUUAGAGCACUCAGACUGCAAAUGAGAACAUUAUGCAUUCUUUCUAUGCUGUUAGUCAAAUAGAAAGGUAGGACAUCAGCAUAUUUGCAAUGACUGACCCAUUAUUUUAAUUUUAAUCAGAUUUUCUUUUGCUAAUUUACAAACAUAGCUCUUUAUUCAGAGGAUGUAGUUUCUCCACGAAGCAUAAACAGACCUUCGACUGGCAUGUGGCAGCUCUUACUCAAUACUUCAGUGCUUCUGUCUUAACAUGGUGGUGGCUUUAUUUUUUUGAGCUUGUCGUGUGGCUUACUUUUCAGCUGUACUGGUGAACACACAGACAUUAAUAGACAUGAUCUAUUGGUGAAAGGUUAAUCUUUAGUACACAUUUAUGACAUUACAACUGUUUAGCAAAAGAUGUCCACAAUCUGCCUGUCUGUCAGAGGUUUCAAACAGAUUGGUCAGAGAAGUAGCUUUAAAUUAUAUGGCUGCAUGCAGCCAUUAUACAUUGUGCAAGCCUAAAGGUACUGAUAAUGCUGGAUUUUAAUGUUGUGCUGUUUUGUAGUAACAGCAUAAAGUUUAUGUAUAAACUUUUUUAAAAUAUGUUAAAAGUGAAAAAAAUUCUGCUUUGGGAAUGUUACAAAAACUGCACCGCAGCUCAGGCCUAACAAGUUUGUCACUAUGUGUAAUGCUUUUAUCUGCAUGUUAUAAAGGCUUUAAGACUGUCAAUUAAAGGCACUGUAGAACUACACUAAUUGAGAGAAGAUGUCACAGUAAAAGGGGGAGAGAUUUUUGGCUGUGUUAUUAAAACGGGACUGAGUAAAAGGAUGUUAAAUGCACAGUUGCAUUUACCUUAGGCAGUUUAUAUAAAGAACAUUGCCCUCAAUUACCCUACGACUGGAAGAAAAAAAAAAAAAGCAAAAAAAACCAGAUCUCUAGUCAAUUGACAAUCUGAAUGUAGGGAUGGCUGUUUCUUAGUCUCUUAAUGCCAGCAAUGAGCUGGACCCAGAUCAAAGGAAUCCCAAAAAUGGCAAGCUUAGGUGAGCGGAUUUGGGAAAGCCAGAGUUAAGUCGUCCUUGCCAUCUUGGAGUCAUGCCAGUGUUUCAGCAUAUGACAAAAAGUUCAAUCACAGCUGCAUGUUGUCAUUAGUGUUACAUGGUAAACAAAGGCAUACAGUUUUUGUCAUUGCUUAGUCACAUUGUUCUCAGCCUCCACAGAACUGCACUACCCCACAGAUUAUCUCUCUACUGGGUUGUUUCUGCUGGAGUAAAGGGAAGAGCACACAGUAUGCUACGCAAGUGCUUUAUAUGGAUACUUGACAGGGAAUUGUGCUUUCACAUUAUGAAUGAGCAUCUUUUUUUGACAUCAGUGUCCUUAAAAGUAUUUUGAACAACUUUGGUAGGUCGUUAGCGCAUAGUUCUAGUUUGUUAGCUGGAAACGUUGGUGUCUGAGGAAGUUACUAUGAAUCUAGCACAGCAGAAAUUAGAUAGGAACUUUGAAUGGUGUUGCAUGUUUAAAAAAAAAACGUAACCUUUUAAAGCUUUUGAGUUGUAUAGGAAUGAAGGAUUUGGGUCGUGUUAGGCUGUGUCGAGAGAUGUUUCUGUCACAAACAUUGGCUGGAUAUUCUGUGUACAAGAAAUGUUUUUCCUUUUUGUUUUUUGAAUUCUUGAAUGUUUCUUUUUGGUAUUUUUUUUUUUUUUUUUUUGUGACAUUUGCCAUCUGGGGGAUGUGGUUGUACAGAGGCAAUGUGUGCUUGUUCGAGUUAUCCAUUUUAUCUGCCUGCAGACCAUUUUCAGAAAGCAUGGGAAACUUAAAAAACGACAUUGACACAUUAUUUGCACUUGAACAUUUUUCAUACUUGGAUCCUCUCCUGCCUAGAGUCGUCCUUCAGAUGGUGUGUUGGUGUUUUUUUUUUUUUUUUUUUUUUUUUUUUAAAUGGUAAAAUAGUCACAUAUUUGUCCCUGUGUGUUCAUAUAACUGUCAGAUUAAAAUGAAAUUGUUUUGUUUUUGUCAUGUGGGAUAAAAAGGGUAAUUCACCAGCAUCAUUUCAAAGCCUCUGCAAAUGCUCAUUGGCUGUCAAGGAAUGGGAUCAUGGCAUGAAUGUGGAUACAAAUCUGAUUUUGACUUUUUUUUUUUUUUUUUUUUUUUUUUCUUUCCGUGUGUUUCUAAAUGUUUCAGUUGAAAUGUGAAAAAUAAAAUGUUAGUCUUUUUUUUAAUACUAUUUUCUUUUAAAUGUAUUUCCAUUAAAAUGUUUAAUCUGUUAUCAAAUUUUGACAUGCAGGAGCCAGUUUAAUACGGUAUGCUGCUGUGAUUUUUCUAAAUACUAGUUUAUUAAGCAUUAUUGCCUUCAAAGUUUGAUUCCAGAGGUUGAUGCUUGUUCAGACUGCUGACGCUUUUUUGUAGUGAUAACAAGCUGUUAAGCACUUAACAAGCUCCCACCCCCCACCCCACCCCACCCUCAUUUUCGUGCAUCUUGGUGUGUGAAGGUAAUUGUUUACAACAUUAUGUUUGGACAUGCCCCUCCCUUUUUUGUUGACCCUCUCUCACGUGAACAUCUUGGUACAAUUUGAAAACUCUAUUUCUUUUAAUGUGUUAUACACAUUUGUGCUGCUUAUAGAUAUGAUUGCCUUUCUUGUAUUUAACAGUGGGGGAAAUAGAAUGUCACCAAUGUAGAUGUAUGUACACAUAAUGACUUUGGUUAUCAUCUUGGGAGAGCAAAGCAGAUUUGUAGUCAAAGGAGAAUUAGUAGCGAUUAGUAAACCCUCUGUAGAAUUACCAAUUCACUCCAGUUUACAUUGGUUGUCAACUUUCCAAAAUAGAUGGUCUUUUUGUACUUUUCUUUUGGGGAAAAAAAAUCAACAGUGAUUUAUUGCACAUUUUGGAUACAGUUGAAGAGUUUUUUGUAUC